AUGGCGUUCCUUUUGGGCAACACUGCUGUAUACCUUCUUGUCUCGUUCAAAGGGGAGAGAGAUUUGGAAGCAGAUAUGAGGCCGCUAGUCCCAGUUGACGUCGAACUCCGCUUCUCGGAGUUCCACGAACUGCAGCACGAAGGCGGCAGCCGGACGGCAGUCCCCGAGACCGAGAGCUCAGCGUUCUGCUUCCCCCUAGGCCAGUUCUUAGCCUCCCCGUCCCUCGAGGAGGUGGUAUCUCGCAUGCUUUCCACCACACGCUCUCCCAACCCGAGAGCACUAGAGUUCUGGAAGGAGAAGCUCAUCGCCUUCACUUCUUCCAAAGCCCAACUGGCAUUCGAUGCAGGAAGAGAAAGGGUAGAGAUGGUCGUCAUCAUCCAUGUCUACCCUGCAGUUUGGGGGUCGGCCGAGGAGGUGACGACAGAGGUGCCGAGGCGUUCCUUUAAUGGAGGAGGGGGUUUUGGCGGGGUGCCGGCAUCGCCGGCUUCAAUCGAGGAGCUGGAAAAGGUGACAUGUAAUAACGCUGGAGAGCAGCAUGGAUGUGCGAUAUGCUUGGAGGAGUUUGACGUCGGGAUAGAAGUGACUCGAAUGCCUUGCAUGCAUGUCUUUCAUGGCGACUGUCUCGCCCGGUGGCUGGAAAGGGGCCACCUCUGCCCUUUGUGCCGUUAUGAGAUGCCUACUUCGAGCCGAGAGUGA